CCCUUUUGCGUUCACAACUCCACGAAUCCCUUUUUUCUCCCAUUCCCGCAAUCACACCCCCCGAGCUCCCUCCACCAUGUGUCCUUCCGGCCGCUCCCUCUCUCCUCCCUCCACCGCCUCCUCCUCCUCUGCAGCCGGAUCCGCCGUACACUCGUCUUUUCGACCAGCGUUCGAUGUCCUUGAUUCUGACCGCGACGGCAAGAUUAGCCGCGACGAUCUACGGGCAUUCUACGCCGGGAGGGCUGCCCCCGACGUCGACGACGACGUCAUUGGGACGAUGAUGACGGUGGCAGACACCAACAAGGAUGGUUUUGUGGAGUACGAGGAGUUCGAGAGGGUGGUUCUGGGAAGCGGCGGCGCCGGCAAGAAGAACGGAUCUACGAGUUCGGCGACGUCGUUCCUAGAGGAGAUGUUCAAAGUGAUGGACAAGGACGGAGACGGCCAGCUUAGCCACCGGGAUUUGAAGAGCUUCAUGGAAAUGGCAAGUCUCGCCGUUACCGACGAUGACAUCGAUGCAAUGAUCAUGUUGGCCGGAGGAGAUCGAAACGGCGGCGUCACAUUCGAAGGCUUGCAUGGAAUCUUAAUGAACCGCUAACAGCGUCGGCGCCCGUCCACGAGAUCUUUUUGUUUUUUCCUUUGAUGAAUGCCGUCCACGAUUUCUUAUUUCUUCGCCAAUGUUUUUAGCCUUAUAUUUGCUCCAAUGAUUGCCUCUUUAUUGCUACAAGAAAGAGAACUUUGACUUUAUCGAAUAUUUUUAAUUUUAAA